AUGACGAUCAUGGUGGCGGUGGAGGUGGAGGAGGUCGAGGUGGAGGAGGACGUGAUGGUGGUCGAGGUAGAGGUGGUCGUGAUGGUGGUGGUGGUCGAGGAGGAGGAGGUGGUCGUCAUGGCGGUGGUGGUCGAGGUGGUAGUGGAGGAGGAGGUGGUGAAGGAGGAGGUGCUGGUGGAGGUGGAGGUCCAGGUGGUGGAGGAGGUCGAGGCGGUGGAGAUGGCGAUCAUGGUGGUGGUGGAGGUCGAGGAGGUCGAGGUGGUGGUGGUCGUGGUGGUGGUGGAGGAGGAGGAGGUGAUGAUGACCAUGGUGGAGGCGGUGGAGGUCGAGGUGGUGGUGGUCGUGGUGGUGGUCGUGGUGGAGGAGGAGGUGAUGGUGACCAUGGUGGUGAACGAGGAGGUGGUGGUGGUCGAGGUAGAGGUGGUCGUCAUGGCGGUGGUGGUCGAGGUGGUAGUGGUGGUGGUGGUUGCGACCGGUUGA